CGCGGCGGACACGAUGCGAGCCCAAAUCGAGGUGAUCCCGUGCAAGAUCUGCGGAGACAAAUCCUCAGGGAUCCACUAUGGUGUCAUCACCUGCGAAGGCUGCAAGGGUUUCUUUCGGAGGAGCCAGCAGAACAACGCCAGCUACUCCUGCUCCCGGCAGAGGAACUGCCUGAUCGACCGCACCAACCGCAACCGCUGCCAGCACUGCCGCCUGCAGAAAUGCCUGGCGCUGGGCAUGUCCCGCGACGCGGUGAAGUUCGGCCGCAUGUCCAAGAAGCAGCGGGACAGCCUCUAUGCCGAGGUGCAGAAGCACCAGCAGAGCCAGGAGCAGAGCGGGGGCGCCAAGGAUGAGCCCGAGCCCCUGAGCCGCGUCUACACCACGAGCGUCAGCAGCGGCCUCUCGGACCUGGACGACAUCUCCACGCUGUCGGACGGGCUCCUCUUCGACUUCCCCCUGACCCCCGAUGGCAGCAGCACCUACUACAACCUGGACCUGCUGACCUCGGCGCAGCCCUCGCCCGACCAGUCCAGCCUGGACGUGGCUGACGCCACGCUCAUCAAGCAGGAGUCCAUCUACGAGCUGAUGCUGGAGCCGGCGCUGCUGGCACACGGGGCGCUGGAGGGUGCCCAGCUGCCCCCUGACAUCUCUGUCCUGGAGAUUGACCGGGUGGCCCAGAACGUGGUGAAGUCGCACCUGGAGACGUGCCAGUACACAACGGAGGAGCUCAAGCGCCUGGCGUGGAGCCUCUACUCCCCCGAGGAGGUCCGUGCCCUGCAGAGCAAGAGCUGCGAGGCCAUGUGGCAGCAGUGCUCGCUGCAGAUCUCCAACGCCAUCCAGUACGUGGUGGAGUUCGCCAAGCGCAUCGACGGCUUCAUGGAGCUCUGCCAGAAUGACCAGAUCAUCCUCCUGAAAGCCGGUUGCCUCGAGGUGCUCCUGAUCCGCAUGAUCCGCGCCUUCAACCCCCUGAACAACACCGUCCUCUUCGAGGGCAAGUUCGGUGGGAUGCAGAUGUUCAAAUCUCUCGGCUGUGACGACCUCAUCGGUGCCAUCUUCGAGCUGGGGAGGACCCUGUGCCGCCUGCAGCUGUCGGAUGAGGAGCUCGCCCUCUUCACUGCUGCUGUCCUGCUGUCCCCAGACCGCCCGUGGCUGACCGAGUCCAAGAAGGUGCAAAAGCUCCAGGACAAGAUCUACGUGGCCCUGCAGCACGAGAUCCAGAAGAAACACUCCGCUGAGGACAAGCUCUCGAAGAUGGUUUCCAAGCUGCCCUUGAUGAAGACCAUUUGCAACCUGCACUUGGACAAGCUGGAAUUUUUCCGUCUCGUGCACCCUGAGACUGCCAUGAACUUCCCCCCCCUCUAUAAGGAGGUUUUCAACUCGGAGCUUCAGUACAGCGACCCCCGGGAGAGCUAAGGCCGGGAGCCAGCGGCCCCCUUCGAGCUCCCCAAAACUUGGAGACAAACUGCACUUCAGAGGUUUGGGGCAAUUAAUUUAAAUCAAAUAAUCAAACUCAAGAGAACCCCCGGGGGGGGGGCUGCGGUGCCUCCCUGGCCCCGUCUCCUCGCUGUGGAUUGCAAUAGCUCUUGAAUGUAAAGCACCUUGAAGGAAAAAGCAAAUGGACUUUGCCAUACCAGUGAAAUGAAUGUGAAAUUUCUGCUCGGGAGAGGAGAUGCUCCUGGCAGUGGUGAGGGACCGGCUGCUCCCGGUGACACGGGAGGAGGGAGUGCCCUUCCUGCUGUCCCGGCUGCACUCUCCGCCUCCCGUUUUUAUUUCUUUGUUUUUUAAUUAUUAUUUUUAUUUUAUUGGGGUUUUUUUAACCCAAACACUAGGCAUGGGAUAAAGAAGGGGCAAUGCUGACUCGGCUGGGUCGGGUUGGGGCUGGAGCUGAGGAGAGGGAAAAGACAGAGCCUUUGCUUUACUUCAUCUCCCACGGGUCUGGCUGUGGCUGGUGGGGGAUUCAGCACAGGAUUUUCCUGUGGAGGAGGCUGGUUUGAGGGAAAGGAUGCCCAGUGCAGCAGGGGGAAAGUUUUGCAGGGUCUCCAUGCCCUCCAUCACAGCAUUUUCCCAAAUUCCCAGCCGGCUCCUCAUCCAGCUGGGUGACCACCUGACUUUGCAGAGCUGGUUCAGCAGGUUCACCUGCCUCGUGCCACCUUUGUGCAUCCCAAAAGCUUUUCCAGGGCCAUGGGACUGCAGCCAGAGCCCAAAUCCUGGCCACCCCACCCCAGAGGCCCCUGGAGGGGCUCCAGGGCUGUCCCUGUCCCCACGGUGGUUGAGCUGUCUGGGUGCUGCUGUUGUGUGGAGUUCUCUUAUCAAUCCCAUUAAAACUGCCCCGUGGUUCAGCACCCAGAGAAGGUUUGUGACCCUUCCUCCACCCAGCCCACAGCUGGUCCCAUUCCCAGGUUCUCCCUUCCCACACCACACACAGGAGCAGCACGUGGCUGCUGCAGGUUAAGUUGGACCCAGGCUUUCCCCUCAACGAGCUCCCUAGAACUGUUAUUUUGGGGGUUGUUCUCGAGUUAGCAGGAUUUAGGAGCUUUUUAGGGGGAGAAACUGCCUGUUUGAGUUAGGGGAAGUGAAAGGUCCUUAUUCCUUCCCUUCAAGGAAUAAGGGUGGUUGUAAGGAAUGUGGUGUUUGGGACCCGCUGCUCCUUUUAGGAGACUCAAUAAGGGAUGAAGGGAAGGAUUUGUGGGGUGAUGCUGUUCUAGGCCACAGCAGCAGGGGCUGUGUGAGAGACUCUGUGGCUCUGCAGAUGGAUUUUUCCAUCCCUGUUCCUGCUCCCGCUGCAGCAAAUGCCAAAAAACGACAAGGGAAAAAUCUGCUCUGAGGCAGCCCCAGUUUCUGCUGACAAAGGGCUAAAAUCCCAAGCCCCUUUCCUGCUCUGUGCUGAUUCCUCCUCCGUGCAGCCAAUCCCAUCCUCCGGCAGCUCGGAUCGUCCCCGAGCGUGAGCCAGAACCUUCGGAUCCAUGACUGCACCCUUUAAACGAGCAGCUUUCUUAGUGACGUGAGGGAUACUCCUGCUUUUAUAAAAACACCUCCUAGGGAAGCCCACGGACCAACCUUGACGAGGGAAGGCUCCCCAGGAAGCUGAUGGGAUCUGUGCUCCACUUGAAGGCCGAGGGAAACGUGGGACCGCGUUCCUCCCCGGCAGCCGCGUGCAGCCCUGAGCUCCCUGGCUUUGCUGACCACAUCCAAACUGCUUCUGGGAGCAGAUUGGAGCCUGC